AUGUUACGUUUCCUUCUUUUGAUAGGAGUUUUCCACUCGUCUUUGGGAAUUGCAAUUAAUUACACUGUUUCAGGUAUGUUAAAAAAUAAGGAAACUAAAGACUCUACAGGAUGUACUCUAAACAUAGACAGCAGUCAUGCGGAGCCAGUAAUUGUAGAUUCGAACACAUUAGAAUAUAUUUACCCUGAUUCAUCUGAAUUAGACAUUUCCUUAAAAUCAGGUUCGAAAAUAAUUCUGGGUUGUCCUGGUGCAGUGUUAAACUAUGGAUCAAGUACAUCGAAUGUAAUCGAAGCAACUUGCAUAUCUGGCAGCACCUUCCUAGUCGAAGGUCAAAAUGUAUCCAUAAGUAACCCUAGUUGCAGUAAAAGUUCUACUUCUACUGCUCGCUACACUGGUAAAACUUGUGAGAGUGAUGGUGUCGAAAUAGAAAUUGGAUUUGCUUUGAAUUCCACUGCUUUCGUAAGACUUAUGAGAAUUUGUUUCGACGACAAACUCAAGUCGCCCUUGUAUUCGUAUUACCAAUUAAAAGCGAAAAUUAACUACGCACAAACGGGAGUUGCCCGACUAAAUUUCAAAGAAGGAAGUUUUUACGGCCUGGACAGUUCCCUUGACACUCUAUACGAGAGAAACGUACAGAAAACCACAAUCAAUAAUCAAGUGGGAUUGCCCGCCAAUUCCACCCAGUAUGUUCACGACACUUCGGAUUUUUAUUUGGCAAGAGGUCACUUAACGGCAAAAACAGAUUUUGUGUAUGCGAGUCAACAGAAGGCAACAUUUUGGUAUGUAAACACCGCUCCACAGUGGCAGACUGUUAAUGCUGCCAAUUGGAAUUCCAUUGAAGACAGUGUGAGAGCAUAUGCCUUUAAUAAUGAGGUGGAUCUUGAGGUUUACACCGGAGUCUACGGUGUUUCUACGCUACCAAACGAGGCAACAAAUAAAGCUAAUGAAUUGUAUUUAAGUCGGGAUGACAAUAACAACGUCGCCUUGCCAAUACCUGCAGUUUACUGGAAACUUAUCUACAAUAAUAAUACAAAAGAAAAUGUAGUUUUGUUUAGCGCAAACAAUCCUUAUGAAUCUAAUCCAGGAACAGUUUGUGAAGACGUAUCGGAUUCUUUAAGCUGGGUAACAUGGAAAAAGGAUAAUCAAACAAAAGGAAUAUCAUAUGCUUGCAGCGCAAAGGGAUUGAAUAAAAUUAUAACGUAUCUACCAGAUCUCGAAUAUGGGUUUAUUCACUUCUCAGUAGCAUUUACCAUCAACUAUACAGCGACAGAAUGUUCUAUAAAUGUUGAUGGCAGUCCAGCUGAACCCGUGAUUGUAGAUUCAAGUACCUUACAAUAUGUAUAUCCAAAUUCAUUCGACUUGGACAUUUCCUUAGAAUCUGGAUCGACAAUAAUUCUCGGUUGCCCUGGAUCCACCUUAAACUAUGGGCGCAAUACAGCCAGCAUAGUUGAGGCUACUUGUAUAUCAGGAAGUACCUUCCUUGUGAAUGGUGAAACUGUAACGUUAAGUAAAUUCUAUUGCAACAACAUACCCACGUCAACUGCACGAAGAACGGGAAAAACUUGCUCCAAUAGUGGAGUUGAAAUAGAAAUUGGCUUCGCUUUGAACUCCACAGUUUUCGCAAGGGUUAUAACUGUUUGUUUUGAUGAUUUACUUAAGUCACCAUUGUACUCGUUCUAUCAUUUAACUUCAAAAAUUGACUAUGCCCAAACUGGAGUUUCUCGGCCUAAUUUCAAAGAAGGGGACUUUUACAAUUUGGAUGGUACGGUAGAUAAACUGUAUAGCAGAGCCGUGCAAAAGAAGACAAUUAACAGUCAGGUUGGCUUACCUGUCAGUUCAACGCAAUAUGUUAAAGAUAACAACAAUUAUUAUUUAUCUAGAGGUCACUUAACAGCCAAAGGUGACUUUGUGUAUGCACACCAACAAAAGGCAACAUUUUGGUAUGUGAACACAGCUCCGCAAUGGCAGACCUGCAACGGUGCAAAUUGGAACUCAAUAGAAGACAGUGUUAGAAGGUAUGCUUCUAAUAAAGGUUUGGAUUUGGAUAUUUAUACAGGUGUGUAUGGUAUUUCAAACUUACCCAACGAGUCCACAGAUGAACCUGUAGAUUUGUACUUUUAUUUGGAUACCAAUAACAACGUGGCGUUACCGAUACCGGAAGUAUAUUGGAAACUCAUCUACAAUCCACAAACGACCGAACACGUUGUAUUGAUCACCGUAAAUAAUCCAUACGAGUCAAAUCCCGAACCAAUUUGCGAAGACGUUUCAAAAUCCUUGACGUGGUUAACUUGGAGUAAAAACGACCAAAUGAAAGGUAUAUCUUAUGCCUGCAGUGCAAUUGGACUAAAUGCGAUUAUUAGUUCUAUACCUGAUCUCGAUUAUGGUGAUUUAUUGUUGUAA